CUCGGGCUCAGGCUUCGCUGAGAGUAGACCCAGGCUCGGAGCCCCUGACGCUGGGACAGGCCGCCCGCCGACCACCCCCGCCACGCGCGGGCCACGACGGCCCCCGCAGGAUCCGUCGGUCGGCCCCGGGACACCCGAGUGGCUCCGCCCCCAGGUCGAUGCCCACCCGGGCCCCCCAUCAUACCCACGGCUCCCGGGGGGAACUGCAGACCCGCCCUCCUGGCCCAGGGCCCCCGCAUCUGGUGCCUCGAGGCCUUGAAAAGAGCGUCCCCGGCUGCCUGUGCCAACCGCAUCCAGGAGCUCACAGGGCAAGGCCCAAGAAGAUUGUAUUUGAGGAUGAACUGCCCUCCCAGGCCCUCCGGGGCACCAAGAAGCCUGUUAGAUCCAUCCCUGAUGGGCAUAUGCCUCGGCCCAACCCAGUGCCCGACUAUGAGCUCAAGUAUCCAGCAGUGAGAAGUGAGAGGGAGCGGAGCUGCUACGCGGCCGUGUUUCAGGACCAGUACGCAGAGUUCUUGGAGCUCCAGCAGCAGCUGGGCUCUGCACAGAAAAAGCUCCAGCAGCUGAAGGCCCUGCUGACCUCACUGCCCUCUCCCCGAAGCCAGAAGGAGGCUCAAGUAGCCGCCCGUGUCUGGAGGGAAUUUGAGAAGAAGCGGACGGACCCCAUCUUUCUGGACAAACAGGCUCGCUGCUGCUACCUGAAGGGCAAACUAAAGCACCUCAAGGCACAGAUCCAGAAAUUCGACAACCGAGGAGACAGCGAGGGUUCUGUGUUCUUCUGAGCUACCUGGCAGACAGGCAGAGGGACACAUUGGAGUGGGGUGUCCCACCUCACCCUUGCUUCCCUUUCUACCUCCUAGCCUUAGCUCUUGCUCUUCUCCCCACCUAGGGUAGCUUCCCCUGAUUGCAAAUGCCUCAGGCUUUGAGACUUAGCUCUGAUGACCCCUACACAAGAAAUUCUUCCCAGGACCUCCUCCUGGACCCCUAACCCUGACCCCAUGGGAUCCCAGAUCUCAGCCCAUCCCCUGGAUGCAGGUGCUGCUUUCCAAUCCCAGUGGAAUAAACAUUUCUUAAAUAUAUACU